GGCUCGAGCGGCGGACAAGCGUGGUGCGUGAUCGUCUCAUGGGGCUUUUUCUUUGUCACUUUUUUUUUUUCUUUUCGAUUUGCCAUUUUUCUCUAGUAUUUCCUCAGCUCUUUUUUAAGCCAACCCAAGGAAGACUCCUCUAGAGAAACGUCCGGUUGGAGAAGGAACCCGGAGCCAGUUACCCCGCGGAGUGAACCAGGAAGUGAAAUUGAUCCCACUCAGGUCGGGCUGAGAUGUUUUGGGUCACUGAAGGUUCCGACCUCAGCAAGGAAAAUUAACGCCCUUGCUUCCUUUUCUUAGAUGUUGAGAUGAAUCGUCAUAUGUUUGGUUGGCUUUUUAGACAUUCAUCUCUCAAUGGUCGCCACCAGUGCCACAUCCACCCUCUUUCUCAUCAACUUGCCCAGCUACAUCUUGAUACAAGGCUGUUGGUUUUUAGACAAAAUAGGAAUUACAUUCUUCAUCAUCUGUUAAAGAAGAAUUGGUCCCAGAGAUGUUGUCAUCAAGACACCAGGAAGCAUAAAGCACUACAGAAAUAUAUGGAGGACCUGAAUAAGGAGUACCAAACCAUUGAUCAGCAUUUGCAGCAUCUCUCUGUGGAUGAAGGAGACCGAAAGUCCUUGAAUCGAAGGCAUGCUGAGUUGGCACCAAUUGCAGCCAUUUACCAAGAAAUUCAGGAGGCAGAACAAACAAUUGAAGAAUUAGAUUCAUUGUGUUCAAGUCUAAUUAAACAAGAUGAAAAACAGUUACAAGAACUUGCAUUGGAAGAAAGGCAAACCAUUGCUCAAAACAUCAACAUGUUGUACAAUGAGCUUUUCCAGAUUCUAGUGCCAAAGGAGAAGUAUGACAAAAAUGAUGUUAUUUUAGAGGUGACAUCUGGAAGAACUACUGGAGGUGAUAUUUGCCAACAGUUUACCCGAGAAGUAUUUGACAUGUACCAGAAUUACUCACAGUUUAAGCACUGGAAAUUUGAACUUCUGAAUUAUACACCAGCUGACUAUGGUGGGUUGCAUCAUGCAGCUGCUCGAAUUUCUGGUGACGAUGUCUAUAAGCAUUUGAAGUAUGAAGGUGGAAUUCAUCGAGUCCAGAGAAUCCCUGAGGUGGGCCUGUCAUCAAGGAUGCAGCGUAUUCACACAGGAACAAUGUCAGUCAUUGUGCUUCCUCAACCAGAUGAGGUAGAUGUGAAAGUGGAUCCCAAGGAUUUGCGAAUAGACACAUUUCGAGCCAAAGGAGCAGGAGGGCAGCAUGUUAAUACAACUGAUAGUGCUGUCAGACUUGUCCAUGUUCCCACAGGGCUUGUGGUAGAAUGCCAACAAGAACGAUCACAGAUAAGAAACAAAGAAAUAGCUUUGCGUGUAUUAAGAGCUAGACUUUACCAGCAGAUUAUUGAGAAAGACAAGUGUCAACAACAGAGUGCUAGAAAACUGCAGGUGGGAACAAGAGCCCAGUCAGAAAGAAUUCGGACAUACAAUUUCACCCAGGAUAGAGUCACUGACCACAGGAUAGCAUAUGAAACUCGGGAUAUUAAGGCUUCAUGGAGUCAGAGAAACAAUCAUUUUAGUCACUGGACAUAUGACCAGUCAUCAAAUGCUGUCAUUUCUUACACACUGGCUUUGCACUGAGAAGUGUGCUUUAGAGGUGGUAAACUAAAUUUUGAAUGAAAAGAAAAGGUUUACAAACUGUUUUUUCAACCGCUUUGAUUUUCAUUUGAAGAGUUCACCAGACAUUCCUGUUUAACAUUAUUUCUAGUACAGUUAAAUUCUUGCCAUGGCAAUACAUGUUCCUUCUAGAGUAUAAACUUGCUUUUUAGUCUAAGGUUAACUUUUGUUCCCUUCAGUGUCAGGGAUGUUAUAAGUACUGCUCUAAAUUAACAUAGAUAACUAUUUAACAGUGUUAUUUUUUUUGGCCAACUUCUCUUGGCCAGUAACAUCUUGCUUUGUUUUGUAUGCUUGAAAUAGGCCAAUGAUAAUCUUCAGAGUAUCCAUCUGAAGAAUUAAAGUAUGCAACCAAUUUAUGAGACAAGAUUCUCUAGUUUGUCAUUCUCAACUUUUGAGUUAGGUAUAAGUUAAAUGGCAGUGAUAUUUUGGUUUAAAAAGAGGUUUUCUUGGGAAGGAUUUUGGUUUUGUGAUAUAUUUGAGAACAGAGAAUAAAUUUUAACCUUUAUUUUAUAGAUAAGUGAUUUGUACAUUGUUAGUUACAAACAGAAGUGGCAGUGGAACCCAGACUUUCAGACCUCUUAAUUUAUUGUCUCUGCUAAAUGUACAAAGCUCUUGUUGCACAGUUAAUGAUACAACUGGCAGUGUUGAAAUGCCCUGUUGACAGGAAAGUACCUUGUCUUAGUUUUAGAAUUAGUUGGCACAUCUUUUAGCAAAUGCUCACGAUAAUGUAAAUAGCAGUACUAUUAUUGGUAAGAUUAGAAUGAUCCUGGUUAUAUUUGUUUGUUUUUAAUCUGUUUGCCUAUAGUCUGAAAAACUCAGAGAAUCCAAGUUAAAAAAUCAAAUGAUAAACGACCUGGUGUUUUCAAAAGGAUAAAAGACUAGUAAAUAACUUGUUUGUGGAAUUAUAUUUAAGUUAGAGUUCCUUUCUAUUUCUAGUUGAGCAGUGGUUUGUUUUUUCCUGUUUUGAUAACUGGAUCUUGAGAAUCUGAUGAAAGCCUAUGACCCAUUCCCCAGGAAAAUGUACAUGUUCAUGUUUUCAUAAUUUCAAGGGUAUUAUGACACUUUUGAAGUUCUUCCACACGCUAUGGUGAGAACACUUACAACAAUGUCCCAAGAACAGUUCUAAAAAUUUCACAAGGCAUGUUGCUCAAAUGUUUGUAAGGGGAAAUGCCGUUCCUGAAAUAAAGCUAUAGGAAGAAUAUAUAUUUACCAGCUGAAAGGGAUGUGAAUAUUAAUGGUAUCUCAGAACAAAGGCAAAACUGACACUUCUGAAGUGCAAAUUUCUUCAUGAAAUAACUAAAUGUUAAUGAUUGAAAGAAAUGAGACAGAUGAUAUACGAUAUGACUAUUGUCUAGGAAGGCUGUGUAUUUAUUAGGUCUUGUAUAUUAUCCAGAUAUUUCAAACUGCUGACAUCACAGCAAAAAUUCUUUAUCUCAUAAUGAGCUGUUAAACAGGUGGUUGGAAAAGAGCUUCUACCUAUGUGGAAUCUUUUAAAAAUAUAGUCAACAUAGAAAGUAGACUUUUGGUGGUGAACAAAAUGUAGUAUAUACAGAUGUUGCUUUAUAAUGCUGUAAUCUAAAAACUAUAUAAUGUUAUAAACCAA